CUUUAAUGAAUGGAUGCCAAACGCCCUUAAAUUCCAAAGAAGAAGAAGAAGAUUGCGCAGCCGCUUCACAGCCAGAGAAUUCAGUUCAGUUCUGUCGCAGUAACGUUCGUUGUUUUUCUUCGACUGUUUUUGAGAGUAACUUUGAUUUCGGGUGUCUUUUAUGAGUAAUCAAAAGAUUCAGAAGCCAACGCUUACAGGCCAGCGUUUUAAAACUAGGAAGAGAGAUGAAAAGAAGGUGUUUGACCCUACUCAGUUUCAGGAAACCAUUGUACAAGGUCUGAACCAAACUGGCAGUGAUCUCGACGCUGUUGCGAAAUUUCUUGAUGCCUCUGGUGCCAAGCUUGACUACCGCCGCUAUGCUGAGACACUCUUCGACAUCCUGGUGGCUGGUGGAAUGCUGGCCCCAGGGGGUACCUUAUCAGAUGACUUGACCCGUACAGAGUUCUGUCUCUUUACAGCCCAAGAAGACCUGGAGACCAUGCAAGCUUAUGCUCAGGUUUUCAACAAGCUUAUCAGGCGCUACAAGUACCUGGAGAAAGGUUUCGAAGAGGAGAUCAAGAAGUUGCUGCUGUUCCUAAAGGGGUUCACUGAGUCUGAGCGCAACAAGCUGGCCAUGUUGACUGGCAUCCUGCUAGCCAAUGGCAACAUCUCAGCCUCUAUCCUCAACAGCCUCUACAACGAGAACCUCGUCAAAGAAGGUGUCUCUGCAGCCUUUGCUGUGAAACUUUUCAAAUCCUGGAUCCAUGAGAAGGACAUCAACUCUGUGGCCGGAAGUCUCCGGAAGGUCGGCAUGGAUAACAGGCUUCUGGAGCUGUUUCCUGCCAACAAGCGGAGCUGUGAACACUUCUCUAAGUACUUCACAGAUGCUGGACUCAAGGAGCUGUCAGACUUUGCCAGGAACCAGCAGGCCAUCGGGUCCCGUAAGGAGCUUCAGAAGGAGCUCCAGGAACAGAUGGAGCGCGGGGAUGCUUUCAAAGACAUCAUUGCCUCAGCCAGGGAGGAGAUGAAGAAGAACAACAUCUCAGAGCAGACCAUGAUCGGCAUCGUGUGGACCAGCGUUAUGAGCUAUGUGGAGUGGAACAAGAAAGAGGAGCUGGUUACAGAACAAGCCAUCAAACACUUGAAGCAAUACAGCCCACUGCUGAAGGCGUUCACAUCCCAGGGAGCCUCUGAGAUCCUGCUGCUGGUGAAGAUGCAGGAGUACUGCUAUGACAACAUCCAUUUCAUGAACUCCUUCCAGAAGAUUGUGGUCCUGCUCUACAAAGCGGAUGUUUUGAGUGAGGAGGCCAUUCUGAAGUGGUACACCGAGGCCCACGUUGCCAAAGGAAGAAGUGUUUUCCUAGAACAGAUGAAAAAGUUUGUGGAGUGGCUCAAGAACGCGGAGGAAGAAUCUGAGUCCGAGGAGGAAGAGGCUGACUAAAAGACCUCAAGCCAAAUCCAAGGCUCGUUUUAUUUUUUAGAAUAACGUAAUAACAUAUUUUUUUCUAUUCUACCUCCUCAACAACCAUAAUGUCUAGAUGUAAUUUAAGGGCUUUUACAUCAUGUUCAUUUUUUUAACUUGUAAAGUUUACACUUCUGGAUAGUAAGAAUCAUGAAUAGAUUUUCCCUUGACACACUUAAUAAUUCCUCAUUUGAAGGGAAAGACAUGUUGCCACAUUUUAAAACCACCCCCCUUAACUCACCCAGCCCCUUCUGUUGGUAUGUAUCUGUGUUUUAUGAAAGAAUGUUCCCUUUAAAAUUGACUAUUCAUUCCGCUGGCAUGAUUCAUAGCAAUCUUUUACUGCAGUUGGACUCUUAUUUGCCAGUGGUUGAUACAUACAUGCUCACUAUUUAACUCCUUUUUGUAUUUUUAUUUAGCCAGUGUGACAUGUCCAGAUAAUCAGAUUUUAAAUUGGAUGGCCAGGCUUGAACUCUCUUGUCCACACUAUAUGAACUUCUAGCCACCAGUCUACUGAAAAGGUGCUGGUGGUGUAAACUGUAAUCGCUCUUUGACAUCUUCUGUAACACUGUGCCAGAUUCUAGAUUUAAUUUUGGUUAUUGUUGUAAUUUCUUUACCCUGAUAUAAAUUUGACUUUUUAAAAUAAAGUUCAGUACUAGUU